AUGCUCCCUUUCAACAAUACACAGAUCCACCCCUGCUCCUUCCUUCUGAUGGGGAUCCCAGGGCUGGAAGAUGUUCACAUCUGGAUUGGCUUCCCCUUCUUUGCAAUGUAUCUAAUAGCCCUCCUGGGGAACAUCACCAUCCUGUUUGUGAUCAAAACUGAACGCAGCCUCCAUCAACCCAUGUUUUACUUCCUGGUCAUGUUGGCCUGCACAGAUCUGGGCCUGUCCACAGCCACCGUCCCCAAGAUGCUGGGCAUCUUCUGGUUCAAUCUCAAGGAGAUCAUGUUUGGUGCCUGCAUCACACAGAUGUACACCAUCCAUAUAUGCACUGGGCUGGAGUCUGUGGUGCUUACAGUCAUGGCCAUUGAUCGCUAUGUUGCCAUCUGCAACCCCCUGAGAUAUAGCAUGAUCCUCACCAAUAAGGUGAUAGCCACUCUGGGCACAGUCAUCAUAGUCAGGACUCUGGUGUUUGUGACUCCAUUCAUAUUUCUUAUCUUGAGAUUGCCUUUCUGUGGUGUCCGGAUGAUCCCCCACACCUACUGUGAACACAUGGGCUUAGCAAAGUUGGCUUGUGCCAAUAUUAGGGUCAAUGUUAUUUAUGGCUUGAUUGCUUUCUCUGUGGGAUACAUUGACCUCUCUGUGAUAGGAUUUUCCUAUGUUCAAAUCCUCCGUGCAGUCUUCCAUCUCCCAUCUUGGGAUGCCCGGCUCAAGGCACUCAGUACUUGUGGCUCUCAUGUCUGUGUCAUGCUGGCCUUCUACCUGCCAGCCCUCUUCUCCUUCAUGACUCAUCGCUUUGGCCACAACAUCCCUCAUUACAUCCACAUCCUUUUGGCUAAUCUGUAUGUGGUUGUUCCCCCAGCCCUUAACCCUGUUAUCUAUGGAGUCAGGACAAAACAGAUUAGAGACUGGGUACUAAGGACACUUAACCCUAAAAGCUAUUGA